AUGGACGACCAGAAGCUCCUUCCUCCUCUCGCGCGGGGCGACUCGAAGCGCGAAAACUUGGACAAGCUUUCGAUACUCGAUCUGCCACCCGAACUCCGCAAUCAGAUUUACGGCUACUUGCUCAAAUUCCACGCCCCACUUGAUAUAUAUCACGAGAGAUAUCGUUUGGAUCAGAAUGGUCGGCUACAAAUGCGUCUCGGCUGCGGCGUACGGAUUCCUGUAGCCCUCUUUGCGUCGUGUCGGACACUGUAUCGUGAAGCAGUUUCCGCUUUUUACUCUGGCAAUACCUUCGCCAUAGGACUCGACGGCGGUGGCAUUCUCUACCCUAUACCAUUCAGCCGUGGUUAUAACUUUCCCAUGGGAUCCAACAGCUACUACUCUCCGAGUACCGCAGCCCCACAUCGCGUUCCCAUCGAAUUGCCUGGCGCUUUCUUCGCACAUCUUGACGCGUCUCCCACACGUGGACAAAUCUGCGCCGACAUGUAUCUCGUUUCUAGUUUUAUCGCCAAGGAUGGUGGCCAUCGAUUGGAAAUGGGCAAGCGAGAGAAGCCGCUGAAUCUGCUAGACUUCCCCCGCCCCCUUCUCGAUCGUAUCCUCAAUAUGGUCGUGCACCCUAGUGAAGGCUAUCGAGUCAACCUGGGCAAAGAUAACAAGAUCAACUGUGGUCUCAUUCACGUCAAUCGGAAAAUUCAUAAACGGUGGCGCGAUGAAGUACUCUUCCGGGACAAUCGCUUCGAGUUAGUCUUGACGACAGACUGCGCGCGUACCGACUUCGAUCAGUUCAAGCAUUUGCGAAGAUCUCUCAGGAAGACGUAUGAUACUCGUACCACCUAUGUCGAGACGCGGACUCUUGUUGCCGGCGGAUAUCUCAAGAACAAGAUGCGGUAUACUCUCAAGUUCGAAGCAAAUGAUCUCAUCUCACUCAGCGAAGUCCGCAUCAACAUCCUUCCCCUAAUCAUGGAGACGUCUACUACUCGUGGAGACGACACAGUCACGAUCGAGGUCUGGGCUAGGAACAGCGAGGAAAUAUCCAGCCUAGCCAGUUCACAUACCUUGACACUCCACGAGCUGCGCGUAAACAUCGCUGCCGACAUGAUGAAAACCUUUUAUCUGACAGGCAACAAACUCGUACCAGACUUCUGGAUCAACGGAUUCGGAGAAGUCGUGCAAGUCGAGGACGCCGAUGAGAAGAUGCCUGUCUUGGGUGGGGCUUGGGAGCCAGCUUCGGAGUUCACUGAGAUCGACGACCACGGAUUCAAGAUACUAAGACUACAUCCUAUCGACAUUAAUUACCGAGGUAAAGAGACACCAUCGAGGCCUGUUGUUCAUUUUGUAAAAUCUCAAUUCUUUCCCUUCCGGAGGGAGGUUAAGGAAAUUCUACCGUACCUCAUCAAGGCCAUUGAAACGACGGGAGGGCCGUGCAGGGACAUGUUCAGCCGGUCGAUGAUGACGCAACCAUUGCAUUACAAGGAGCACAAGGAGCUCAAUACGGACUACGGAAGUGACGAUAUGGACGCUGUAGAGUAA